AUGCGGGCAAUCCACCGGUUCAACCAUCGCAUUCCGCUCAAGAUGGCACAUCGCCCCGUCAGCGCAAUGUCUCGUCAAGAAUCUGAAAUGAUUAACCGUAGCCGCCGCGCUCUGUCCUCAGGAACUUUAACCGAUUCGAUCGAAAAGUUACGACACAUGUGCCUUGCCCGUGGAGCCUCGGGCAUUCUGGGAUUGGGACGAUGCUUCCGCCGCAUGGACGACGAUGGAAACAAGCAGCUAAAUCUGGAAGAGUUCGUCAAGGGUCUGCACGAUACCGGGUUGGACAUUUCGGUAGAAGAAGCGACGGAAAUGUUCAAUAAGUUUGACACCGAUGGCAGUGGUUCAAUCAAUAUGACCGAAUUUCUCGUUGCAAUCCGUCCAAACAUGUCGGAAUCCAGGGUCAACAUCGUGAAGCAGGCUUUUGCAAAGUUGGACAAAACCGGAGACGGAACGAUAACGAUUGAGGAUUUGAAGAAUGUAUAUUCGGUGAAGAACCAUCCACUGUACAUAAGCGGAGAGGAAACCGAGGAUGUCAUCUUGCGGAAGUAUUUGGCAAACUUUGAGGAGAAUGGAAACGUGGACGGCUCCGUGACCAAAGAGGAGUUCCUCAACUACUAUGCCGGAUUGAGUGCCUCGAUCGAUUCGGAUGCAUAUUUUGAUCUGAUGAUGCGCCAAGCGUUCAAGUUGUAA